AUGUCCUUCCGAUUUAAUAAGGAGACCUUUGAGGACAACUCGUUCAACGAACAGAUACGCGAGAAGCUCACGCAUGCGCUUAAUGCAGACACGGGCAGUACUUCGCAAUCUAAGAGUGCUAACACAACAAACACUGCGGCCACCGACGAAGUCAAACAGGAGACGAAGGGCCCGAAAAAAUUAGACAUUUUGAAAAGCGGGAUAACCGUGAGCAAAGUCAACUUUCCAUCGAUACCACAGUUAGAAAUCCUCGAUCUGGAUGUGUCGGCCCAAUCGAAGUCGCUGUUAAAGGGCAUAUGCAAGAUCUCGUGCAAAAACGCCAUGUUGGAGAUCAAUACUGAGAUUGAGGCGAACUUGCUGCUCCUGUACACGAACAACGGACCUGCAUUCACGACGCCGCGUCUCAUUUCCAACAACUCUUUCUCUGUACCCAUCACUAUGACCUUUGAUCAAAUUGAGCUGGAGGCUAUCACCAACAUUUUUGUGAAAAAUACUAGCGUCGGCAUUUCCUUUAACGACGUCAAUCUGGAUUUCAACUUCGACUGUUCCAUUAAACUGCUGCAGUCGAGCAUCGAAAAAAGAUUAAAGGGCUCGAUGGAGACGGUUUUUAAGGACGUCCUCCCGAGCGUAAUUUUUAGCAUGAGUCAACGCUGGUUUACACACGGGGAGCCAAAUUCAUUUCCUUCUGAUGAUAAAUUGUCUGACCAAGCCUCUAACCAUUCGCAUUUACCAAGAACCAUACUCGAGGAUUCCGAUUUGGAAGAUUUAUCGCCAGCGAAUAUGCUACGGCUUUCCACACUGGUUUCUUCGCGUCAAUCACUGUCAUUAAAUCCCACUGCUAUGAACACUUUCAGUGCGAUCCCGGGCUGUUUGGAGAGACAAAACUUGCAUAGAUUCAACUCAAGAGUGCCUGCGCUCAGUAACUUUUACCCAGACUAUUACGAAAACGAAGCACCAGAUCUGAAAAGCCUAGGUCGAUCGACGAGCUCCAACGCUGUAGUUGGUGGCGGUGGGCAUAUUCAACAGCACAAUACUUUGCCUCAAAGGAUUCUAGAGGAAAGAAGCUACGACAUCAAAACGAUUGCGUCUGUCCAAUCCCGGAUAUAUGAAAGGAGCAGCGGCGAUAGCACCCAUGUAAGAAGACGCAAGAUCAAGAUGGGUGGCCGUGUUAAAUCCAAGCCAAGGCCCCUGACACCGGUUGAAGACGGAGUAGAAGGUGCUACAGACGUCGAAUCGCCCGCGCUUGUGGAACAUAAAAGCGAUUAUCCAGAGUUAGUUUCAAUUUCGACACCUGCUGCCCUACAUUCUCCUCGACCUAUCAGUGCUGCACAAUCGCCCGAGCCACUUGUCGAAAACCCUGCGUUUACAAAUAUCCCCUCGUUGCAAUUACCAGCUCAACUUGCCCCAUCUCCGGAUAUCAAGCCUCUUACUUCAAAACUCAACUUGUUAGAAGAAGCUCAUAAUUUGAACCGCAGAAGGGAGUUCCAAAAACUAAGGUCCAGUUUGUAUUCACCGAUGAGAAACAAGAACUUUUAUGCCAGUAAAGAAAUGGAACGACCAAUAUUGGAACACAAGGGCUUGAGUUUUGUAGGACUUGCACAGGGACUCAAGUGGGGAAAUGAGGAUCUCCCUCCACCUUAUGGAUGCUGA